AUGACUGACCUAGCACAGGAUAUGAACAAACUCUCUGUUAACGGCAACGGCGCCCCUGCUGGCCAGAACGGCUCGGCCCAGGGUAACGGCGCUGACAAGCCAAAGAAGAGUCAAUACGUUCCUCCCCAUUUGAGAAACAGACCUCAAGGCCAAAGCAGAAGCUUCGGUGGCAACGACUUUGGUGGUUCUGGUGGCCGCAGCUUCGGUGGAAGCCGCGGUGGCUCCGGUUUUGGUGGUUCUGGUUUCGGUGGCGGCUCUGGAUUCGGAGGCGGUCGCCGUGGUGGAUUUGCCGGCAGAGACAACAGACCAAACCCACGUUCCGGCCAGGGCCGUUGGGCCGAUGGCAAGCACGAGCCUUCUCCUCGUAACGAAAGAAUCGAGGUCGACUUGUUUGGUUUGCCAGAGGAAGGUGUCCAGUCCUCUGGUAUCAACUUUGACAAUUAUGACGACAUCCCCGUGGAGGCCUCUGGUGAUGAUGUGCCUGAUGCCAUCACCUCCUUCACUGCCCCUCCUUUGGACGAGCUUAUGGUUGAAAACAUCACCAUGUCCAGAUUCACCAAGCCUACUCCAGUUCAGAAAUACUCUGUGCCUAUCGUGACUAACGGCAGAGACUUGAUGGCUUGUGCCCAGACUGGUUCCGGUAAGACUGGUGGUUUCUUGUUCCCAGUCUUGUCCGAGUGUUACAAGAACGGUCCUCUCCCAGUCCCAGAGACUGCUGGCGCCUUCUCUUUCAACAAGGUCUACCCAACCGUUUUGAUCAUGGCCCCAACCAGAGAGUUGGUUUCCCAGAUCUUCGAUGAGGCCAAGAAGUUCUGUUACAGAUCUUGGGUUCGUCCCGCCGUUGCCUACGGUGGUGUUGACAUUGGUCAGCAGAUGAGAACCUUGCAAAGAGGUUGCGACUUGUUGGUUGCUGCCCCAGGUCGUUUGACCGAUAUGUUGGAGAGAGGCCGUGUCUCCUUGGCCAACGUCAAGUACUUGAUUUUGGAUGAGGCCGACAGAAUGUUGGACAUGGGUUUCGAACCACAGAUUAGACAUAUUGUUCAGGAGUGUGACAUGCCUGACGUGCAAGACAGACAAACCUUGAUGUUCUCUGCCACCUUCCCAAGAAACAUCCAGAUGUUGGCCAGAGACUUUUUGAAGGAAUACAUUUUCUUGUCUGUCGGUAGAGUGGGUUCUACCUCCGCCAACAUUACCCAGAAGGUGUUGCUUGUCGAAGACGACGAGAAGAGAUCUGUGAUCUUGGACUUGUUGUCUGCUGCUGACAAUGGCUUGACCAUCGUGUUUACCGAAACCAAGAGAAUGGCUGACUACUUGGCCGACUUCUUGUACGACCAAGGCUUCCCCGCCACCGCCAUUCACGGUAACAGAACCCAGUACGAGAGAGAGAAGGCUCUUUCAGCUUUCAAAAACGGUACUGCCCCUAUCUUGGUCGCCACCGCCGUCGCUGCCAGAGGUUUGGACAUUCCUAACGUUCAGCACGUCAUCAACUACGACUUGCCUACUGACAUUGACGAUUAUGUUCACAGAAUCGGUCGUACCGGUCGUGCUGGUAACGUUGGUAUUGCCACUUCUUUCUUCAACAGAAACAACAAGAUCAUUGUCAAGGACAUGAUCUCUCUUUUGACCGAGGCCAACCAGGAGAUUCCUGACUUCCUUGUCAAGAUCUCCAGAGAGUCUUCCUACGGUCGCGGCGGUGGCCGUGGUGGUAGAUCCGGUGGUUUCGGCGGUAGAUCCGGCGCCACUAGAGACUUCAGAAGACAAGGUGGUGGCUUCGGUGGAAGCGGUGGCUUCGGUGGUUCCAGUUACGGUAAUGACUUUGGCAACUCCAGGUCCCUGGGCUACUCCUCCAACUACGGUAACCAGAACCAGAGCACUUCCUGGUGGUAA